AAUGAUAAUGAUGAUGAUGAUGAUGAUGAUGACGACGACGACGACGACGACGACGACGAUGACGAUGACGAUGACGAUGACGAUGACGAUGAUGAUGAUGAUGAUGAUGAUGAUGAUGAUGAUGAUGAUGAUGAUGACAAUAAUUUCUGGUGGUGUAGCAGUGGUUGGGGUUGUUAUAAUAAUGAUAUUGACGCAUUGUUUUUACUUUCAGCUUUAUCAAGGAAACGAAGGCACGCGGAUCAUUCCGAGGUAUGAAUAGACAGCUUUUAUUUCUUUUUUUUGCCUCGUAGCAGGGACAUUUGGCAUGAAAAAAAAGGCCCAUCAUAACGUUUAGAAUACGGUCGAAAAUUCUCUUGAGGUCUUCAUCUUGGAAUUCUUCGUCAGAAACAGGUCAGAAAAUUUACAAAGUAAUUUUAGCAAAUUGAAAAAUGUGUCAAAUCCCAUCCAAAAUCGAUUUGGUUUGUUCUCCCGUCAAGAUUCACUACUCGUCUUUGAAUGUUACAUUGUAGCGGAAAGAGUAGUUUGAUUUUCCGGCAGUUCAGUACCUUUCCAUAGCAGAGUGCCUGUAAUUUUAUAAACUAGUAUUUAUAAAUAGGUAUAAUACAAUAUAAAGUAGGACACUCAUUCCUGACUACACUAAACUGUGGUCAAAAUCCACCAUCGAUAAAUCUGAAUGCCUUAGGCGCUUUUUCAUAUCUUUGGCCCUGCUUCGUCUUCCUUGACCGCAGCGUGGAAUUUUAAUUUGGUAAUUUCUAUAGUUCCUGCAAAAGGCCAGGUCGAGUUUAAAAGUGUGGCAAUUUCUGGUUCGAUUGUUCAAACGCUGGAUAGCGCUAUCUUCUAGAGAAGUGUUCGGGAAACUAGUUUGUGUUAUACACUUGAUAAAGAUUUAUCCAACGGAUACUGUUAUUCACCUCUUGAACAACUGAGUCCUGCAUGGAGACUAAAGUUUAGUUUAUCUGUUUUCCAUAAAACUGUUUCCGAACAGAUCUCAGUCACGCUGAAGAUGGACUGGGAUGUAGGACAGGGAGAAGGAAAAGAAAUUCCUUCGAGUGUCAUUAUGAAGGUUCACAACGGUACCACUUUGAUGGAAAUAGUGAACAAGGCGGCUGAAGACAACAAAAACGGACCUUACGACAAAUACGACCGCGUUUACCAUGGCGGAAUUGGUUAUGUUAUCACCGGUAUGUACGGAAUCAAGGAGGACCCAACGACUAAUAAGCAUUGGGUGUUUCUUGAAGAGCAAAGUGGGAAGACGAUUCCUUGUGGCGUGGAUUUUUACGUUCCUGAAAAUGGUUCCAGCAUCGUUUUUCGGUUCACUACAUACUCUGCUGACUCCGAUCAAAAUCACACUACGAGUGGAUAUUGCAAGCCCGCCUCAAGCUCUAAUCAGGUAAAGUAGCAUCGAGGUGAGAUCAUUAUCGCUAGAGGUCGUUAUGCCCGCGUCUUGCUGAUUGGUAGCUAGGCGUUUGAAACAAGAAAGAAAUGAUCGAGUCCAAAUUUAUGCUUUAACAGCUCUGAACUUAAUUACUUAGAGGCAAGACACCAUUGCUUGUUUUGUUUGCAGAAGGCAUGGCCAUUCAAGUGAAAGCUUAAGAUCGAGAUUUUUUUCCUUCGGUAACGUACAUUAGUGCUGUACCAUGUCGUUUAGUCGAAGAACAACAACAACAGUAACAAGCUUUUCAAUAUUUGCAUGUAAGAACUUUCAGUAUUGAAAAUGUUCUGUGCAAAGAUAACGAAUAAAGAUUUAGUUAGAAAAAAGUUGAUGAACUAAGUACAAAUAGUAAACUAUUGGCCUUCAUAACAGUGACAAAGAAUCAUUGGAAACCGACUAACAAAUUAUUUGAGUUCAUCAAAGCUUUCAUUAAGUCCUUGGUAGAUAACUGUCUAAGAUUUAUGUUUUCAGACAGUAUUUUAUGAUAAACACUAUUUCCAAGGGUAGAGUAUUUGGGACAGUAAAAAAGAAAGUGAGUUUCGGUUGGACUUACAUGUGUGCGAUGUGCUCGUACCUUCCGACAAUCCUUAGAAAUGCGUAGGUGUUACCAUACAUGGAAGCUAAUGAAUAUCAGCCUAUGGGGUGGCGUUUAACAUACCGAUUUAUUUUUUGAUCACUCUAAUUUUCUCCUUCAGUACAUUUCAAGGUCCUCUUCGGCCCCCAGUGAUACCUCAUGUGCGCCCAGCGCUCGUAAGCGACCCCCUAUCCAAAACACCAAACCCUUUCCAGUCAAAGCCCUGUAGUUGCAGGGGCGGAUCUAGGGGGGGGGUGCAGGGGGGGCGCCCCCCCCCCCCCCGAGAUGACCUGCGGUAUUCUAAUACAACUGGUAUUCUGCCAAAAAAAAACUAUGUGGUUUAUUGGCGUUGAAGUAGAGCAAGAGACGAGUGCACCCCCUCCUAAAAUAAAUCCUGGAUCCGCCCCUGAGUUGAACCUCUUAAAAACGACCAUCUCUCACGAGCGAUCGCGACCAAUUUUAGGAUGACGUCAAAGAAACCAAAUUUGCGGAAAUUAUGGGAUGCACUGAGAUAGUCAGGAAGAACGAGAUAAAAAAGGCUCCCUUGCCUGAAAGCAGCGAGUUAGUACAAACUGACUGUGAGCAAGAGCUCACAACCCGCAGCGAGUAACUUCUAUCUGUUCUAUGUACUUUUGUCACGAUGUUUUUACAAACCCUUUUAUUUUGAUUUUGAUUUUGUCGCAAAUUUAGAAUAUCUUGUAAGUCCAUACCAGUCAGCAAAAUCUACAGACCUGAAAAUUGUAUUUUUUUUUAUCUUUUAAUGACGUUUAGUUCUCCUAUAUUCAUAUCUUAUACUUCGAAUGCGCUCAUAGAAGGAUCGGAGCUUCUAUCUUUACAGGAAAAACAGCUCUAAAAAUAAACUGGUCCUUGAAAACGCUGUGACAUAGCCCUAGUAUCGGAGUUGCUCUCUCCGGGUUAUGGGCUUCUACGGUGAGAUAUUAGCACCAUUAUGCUCUGAUGACCCUCACCAAAUCCUUGUAAAUUUUACAAUGUUCUGUGUAGAGUUAGUGGGUACCAAUUUCUCGCCCCAAAUUUGCACCAACACGCAGGUUUUUUGACGAAGAGGCUUUCGUGAUGUCACACCCGGCUUUACUCUAUAACUAUUGUACGUUUUAAUGAUUGUGAUGGUGACGAGAAGAUGAUGAGGAAGAUGAUGAUGACGUUGAUGAUGAUGAUGAUGAUGAUGAUGAUGACGACGACGACGACGACGACGACGACGAUGACGAUGACGAUGACGAUGACGAUGACGAUGAUGAUGAUGAUGAUGAUGAUGAUGAUGAUGAUGAUGAUGAUGAUGACAAUAAUUUC